GCCUGGGCUCUGCCCCUCAAGUGCACAUCGAAGGGCCGGAGCAGGACGGGGUCCGCGUGGUGUGCAAGGCCUCGGGCUGGUUCCCGAAGCCCCAGGUGCAGUGGACAGACCUCAGCGGGAAGAAGUUCCUGGAGUUCUCUGAGGCCCAUGCCCAGGACGCAGCAGGGCUGUUCAGCGUGGAGGCGACUCUGGUGGUGCGAGACAGCUCUGCAGGGAGUGUGAGCUGCUCUGUCCUCAAUCCCAUCCUGGGCCAGGAGAAGGCGAUGGCCGUGUCCAUCCCAGAGCCCUUCUUCCCACAGGCCUCUCCCUGGAAGGCAGCUUUUGCUGGGAUCCUGACGGUGCUGGGGCUCCUGCUCUUUGGGGCUGGCUGCUUCACCAGGAGAGAGCACUCUGCAAAGCUGCAGGAGAGGCAGAAACAGGAGAAGCUGUGCCGGGCUAAGGAGGAGGUCCAGCGGGCAGAGGAGGAGGCACUGAAGGCCAGAGAUCAGAGGAAGACAGCUUACCUGGCUGGGUGUGGAGCUGAUAUCACACAAGGAACUGUAAGAGGUUGGACGGCAGCCCACAUAGCUGCAGCCAGAGGUCAGGAUGCUUGUGUGUAGGCUCUUAUGAUCAAUGGAGCAAACCCAGCAGCUCAAGAUGACCGUGGAUGCAGACCUUCACAUCCCACUGCAACUCAUGGAUGCUCUUUCACUUCACAAAUAAUGCUCCAAAGUGGAGUGGAUCCCAGGGUGACGAGGAGAGAACAGAGACCUGUAAAUGAGGCCACUCUUCAUGGGGGACUUGGCUGCUUGCAGCUUCUUGUUAAGUGGGGAUGUAGCAUAGACUCUGGGGGCCACAAUGGAAAUCUUCCAGUUCUAACAGCCCUGGAAGGCCACCUUCACUGUCUCAAAUUCCUACUCAGUGGAACGAGCAGAGGAGCACAAGCUUUGAAAGCCUUCAAGGAUAAUGGAGAAAAUGUAGCAGAGCUGGCACAGAGGUUCUUUAAGCAGAAUCUACAGUUUAUCCAGGGGACUGAGUAUGAAGGAAAUGAUGUGGAAGGUCAGGAAACCUUAGCAUUUCCAGGUCGUGUGGCUGCCCUUAAGGGUGAUGUGGAAAUGCUGAGAAAUCCAGAGGUUGGAGUAAUCCAUGUGAGUGAGUGUGAUGAUGGUGGAUCAACUGCUGAGCUUAAAGCUGCUGCACAAGGUCACACAGAUCUGCAGUGGUUCAUUACAGAGGGGCAGACAGUGACAUCACCACAAAGCAGGGGACCCAGUGAUGUGGUCACGAGGUUUGCCCAUCUGGCAGCAGUGAAGCUGUUAAAGGGGCUACAGAAGUACCAUAUAGAGGAUGUGAAUGAGAUUGAUGAGAUUUUUAUAAGACACGAUGUUGAGGGAAGCACUGAUGCCAAGGAUGACUGAUGUCUCAGGGAGUAGUAUAAAACAGAUGUCAUGAUGAGAGUGUAUAAGAAAAUUGUAGAAUAGCACCUUCUGGAAAUUGCUCUGAGUAACCGUAAAUACAUGGGACAGAUAACAGAAGAAACGUUAAAGCAGUUUAGUUGA